AUGUCGUCCGGCACGCCUGAGGAGUACACUGGGGUGACGGGGGUCGCCGAUCAGGGCGUCAACCCAAUGCUCGAUGACCCGAACAAGUACUAUUCGAACGGUGAUUUUGCUUGGAUUCUCACCUGCUCGGCACUCGUCCUGCUCAUGGUUCCGGGUGUUGGCUUUUUCUACAGCGGCCUGGCCCGCCGCAAGUCGGCGUUGUCCCUCAUCUUCCUGACAUUGAUAUCGAUAUCCGUCGUGGGAUUUCAGUGGUUCUUCUGGGGCUACUCCCUCACCUUCGCUCCCAAUGGCAGCUCUUAUAUUGGAAACCUCGACAACAUUGGCUUGAGAAAGGUCCUUGCUCAGCCUAGUGUUGGCAGCUCUGCGCUUCCCGAGAUCCUGUUCUGCCUGUACCAGGGCAUGUUCGCCGCUAUCACCCCGGCUCUCGCCAUUGGCGGUGCUGCUGAUCGUGCCCGUGUGUGGCCCGUGAUCGUUUUCUUCUUUGUUUGGGCUACUAUCGUUUAUGACCCCCUUGCCUACUGGACCUGGAACCCAAAUGGCUGGUCCUUUAAAUUGGGCGGCCUCGAUUUCGCUGGUGGUACUCCCGUCCACAUUAGCUCCGGUGCUGCCGCUCUUGCCUACGCUCUCAUGUUGGGGAAGAGGACUGGCUACAACAAAGUGAACGGCCUGCCAUACCGUCCCCACAAUGUUACGCAUGUCAUCUUGGGUACGGCUUUCCUUUGGGUCGGCUGGUUCGGCUUCAACGGCGGCAGUGCUCUUGCUGCCAAUGUGCGCGCCGCCAUGGCUUGCGUGGUGACCCACAUUUCUGCAUGCGUCGCUGGCUUUACCUGGUGCUUGCUCGACUAUCGCCUUGAGAAGAAGUUCAGCGCCGUUGGCUUUUGCAGCGGUGUGAUUGCUGGUCUUGUCGCAAUUACCCCUGCUGCUGGUUUCGUCACCCCAUGGGCUGCUGUUAUCUUUGGUGUGGUCGGCGGUAUUUGCUGCAAUUUUGCCACCAAGAUCAAGUUCCUUGUUGGUAUUGACGAACCGCUUGAUGUUUUUGCUGAGCACGGCGUUGGCGGUAUUGUCGGAAACCUCCUCACGGGCAUUUUCGCUACUGACUACAUGGCUGCUCUUGAUGGCAGCGGUCCCACGGGCACGAUUGAGGGUGGCUGGGUCAACGGCCAUUGGAUCCAGUUCGCGUAUCAGCUUGCUGACUCGGUCGCCGGCUUUGCUUAUGCUUUUGGCAUGACUUGCAUCAUCCUCUCCCUCAUGAACCUCAUUCCUGGCCUUUCUAUCCGUGUUAGCGCCGAGGAGGAAGAUCUUGGCUUGGACGAUACUCAGCUCGGCGAGUUUGCCUACGACUAUGUUGAAAUUUCUCGCGUCGUCGGCGGCGAUGCUCCCAGCUCUGCCCCUAGCAUUAAGGGCGGCAAGACCGAACUUCCCGCUUAA